CAGUCCAGAGGCGGAGCUUGGGAUAACUGACGGGUUCUGUGCGCGGUUCGUCAGUGUGUGUGCUCGGGUAAACACGACAGGAUGGAGCGCAUGGAGUCCAUGGAGCCCAUCUCGGCGUGCUACACCACGGCGUACCCGGAGAUCCAGCCCGACAGCGCGUACGCAUCCACGGAGACCACCGACAGCCAGCCAAAGACUCCUCCCGUACCCGCGUACGACGAGGACUUAGUGCAUAAGACCAUCCUUGUCGGGGACAGCGGUGUGGGGAAGACAUCUCUCCUGGUGCAGUUUGAUCAGGGCAAGUUCAUCCCAGGCUCGUUUUCCGCCACAGUGGGCGUCGGCUUCACGAACAAAGUUGUAACUGUUGAUGACGUGAAGGUCAAACUACAGAUUUGGGACACGGCGGGACAGGAACGGUUCAGGAGUGUGACACAUGCGUAUUACAGAGACGCACAUGCUUUACUUCUCCUCUAUGACAUCACCAGCAAAUCCUCUUUCGACAACAUUAGGGCCUGGCUCACAGAGAUCCACGAGUAUGCGCAGAGCGACGUGGUCAUCAUGUUGCUGGGCAACAAGGGGGACAUGAGCAGUGAGCGAGCGAUCAGGAGAGAUGAAGGAGAACGACUCGCCAAAGAGUAUUCUGUUCCCUUCAUGGAGACAAGUGCAAAGACGGGUGUCAAUGUGGAGCUGGCCUUCACUGCUGUGGCCAAGGAACUGAAACAUCGGGCCGUCCAGCACCCCAGUGAACCCAAGUUCCAGAUUCACGAAUACAUUGAAUCUCAGAAGAAGUCAAGCUGCUGCAGCUACUUCUGAAUCUCUCUUCUUCCUCCUCUUUCUCCUCCUCCUUGUCCCAUCGCUCCUGAUGAAGAUAUUUUCACCCACACACACUGAGUGGGAGAAGGUUUUAAUAACUAGCUGCAGUGCCAAUUUUUUUUUUAAAUGUAUUCUAAAUUAAAAGCAGGAAGAUCACCAAUGCAAAUUCUCAAAUAUAUUUUUUUCCUUUGCAAAAUGUUAAUUAUAACUCACUUAAUAUUUUAAAGGGGCCAUACAUAUUAUGCUUUUUUCAGUAAGCCAGUAUUGAUCACCAGGUGUCUUAAAAAUAGUACAAAAA